AUGGCCCCUGAUCCUGGCGCGCGACGCCGAUUCGCCUACUGGUGGUGCCUUCUCGUGGCUUGCGGAUCCGCUUGUUCUGGCCAUCAACACAUCCUGUGGGAGCACAGCCGGGAUGAGCCUCCUGCACCCCUGCCACCGGCUUGUGGGCGACGCCGACGCCGAGAGCUCACAAAUAUCCUCAAUGCCCCUUGGACCUUCCCACCACCGGUUGUGAGCUGGAACCCGUUGGCUGGCUUUGGGUGUCAACCUCCUCCGUCUUUUCGACCGCGGAGAGCCGGACGCCGCCUCUACGAGCGGCAACGUCGCCUGUGGACACGGCAGCCUCCGCCCAAACAAACUUGGUCCAGAUGGCCUUUGAGGGGAACUCGCAUUGGUGAGGCGAAGCGGCCUGGCCCGCCCGCUCCGGGCACGCCACUCGGGGGCGAACGGCCAUAUCCUGUUGGGUGCCGCCGCCGUGAGCGCUCACCAGAUGCUGGCGCCCACGCCAUGGAAAUUGAUGCACCUGCCUCCUCAGUGUCCGCCGCUGCACCGAGUGGUGACCCUUGUCCUGCCGGCCGUGUCUUUUGCCCGGUGCCGCAGUGCCCGCAUUCGGACCCCAAGCAGGCACGCGGAUGGACGAGCCUUGCAUCCAUGCGUGCGCACAUCAAUACGCACCUACUGGGGACGUCCGUUGGGGAAGUGCCGCCUGCCUGGCUCCAACAUAAUGGCUUGGUUCGGUGCCUGGUCUGUGGAUGCACUGUGUCCCAGCGCCUUGAGGUUCACCCCACAUGCCGUCCUGCAGCGCGUGAUGCCAACGCUUGUGGAGCGGCGCAGGUGCCUGCAUUGCACUUGCCGUCGCUGGCUGACAUCCAGACUGCCAGGACCCCAACUCUCAGGCAUGUCCCGUCCAGCGCCCGGCAUGCGUGGCACCAGGCCCUCGUGCGUGCCUUGUCAGCGGUAGCUCAUGUCAAUGACGAACAGUCCUGGAUUGAGCUGCUUAUAUGCUUCCACAAUGUGUGCUUUCACCGCCGGGCCACUGCUGCUUUCGUCUCCGAUCGCCUGCAACGCUGGGCGGAGGGAGAGCGCUUGCGCCUUUGGGACUCUCGGCCGAAACACAACCGCAAAUCCACCCCCUCUUUGACACCGGAGGAACGCCGGGACCUGGCCACUGGCUGGGCCAGAGAGGGUUUCGACCACAAGGCGUGCAAGGCCUUGUUGGCUGAAGGCCUGUGCCCGCCAACUGCUGAGUCUGCCGCUGCCUUGGCCGCCUUGCAUCCUCACAGCCCGCCCCCGGCUUCUCAGCCUGUGCAGUCCCUGCCUGUGGCGCCAGAGGUGGCUCCGGAACUCGUACAGCACCUCCGUGAUGCCUGUGUGGCUGGGGGAGUUGACAGCCUCAUUGCCCAGCUCACAGCUGUUGUCAAUGUCUUAGCUCAGGGCCGCGCGCCCGCUAGCAUUGCGCCAGUGCUGGCUGGAGCCGGCCUAGUUGCUUUGGCAAAACCUGCUGGAGGCUUAAGGCCCAUUGCUGUGGGCGAAUUGUUGCGCCGCCUCACAGGCAAGUGCUUGAUGACAUUGGUCCGCGAGGAAGCUCGAGCCUUUUUCUGGCCGGCGCAGGUCGGUGUUGCUGUCCCAGAGGAUCCUACAUGUAUCGCCGGUGUGGCAUUACAGGACAGGAACCAUGUAUACAAAAAAAUGUUGGCGUAA